GGUUUGGGUAUGGGUUUUGGUAUAGGCUUGGCCGCAACCCCACAUAGAGACCAGCCAGAGGCACCUUGCCGUCGACAGCACUCGAAGGAUGCGGAGCUUCGGGAUGAGAAACUUGUUGUCCCGUGUCAACAGAAAAACAAAGAAAAGAUUCAGAAACUGCACUUCCUUAACAAAAGAGUUAUCACGCUUAGUGGAACAGCAAGAAGAAGUUACCGAUGAAGGUUUCAGCAUCAAAAGCUCUGCCCCAUCACACACUCACGGCGUUCAGCCCUUGGGAAACCUCUAUCUGAACCCAUCUUCCACUAACUCCAGAGACACUGGCUUAGGUAAUCUUCACACCCUUUCCGAUGAGCUUCUUCUCGACAUUCUCGGAUUUUUGGAUUCCACUAGCUUAGGUGUUUUGGCCACUGUUAGCAAGUCCUUCUACGUCUUCACCAACCACGAACCCCUUUGGAGGAAUCUCGUCUUGGAGAAUCUUCUCGGAGGGUUUCACUAUAAAGGGUCUUGGAAAUCCACCUAUGUUGCUGCUUCCUUCCCUUCAUUUGAUACCUCCACCAUUGCUCUUGGGGGUUUCAAAGUUCGAGACUUUUACUCCGAUUACCUUUUCCAGAGUUGGCUCUGUGCCAAUCUCGAAAUGAAGCCAGAGUGGUUGGAGAGGGAUAAUGUGGUUCGGAAGAGGGGCAUUUCGAUUCAAGAGUUUGUGUUGAAUUUCGAGGAGCCUAAUAAGCCCGUGUUGUUGGAAGGGUGUAUUGAUAAUUGGGGUGCUUUGAGAAAUUGGGAUAGGGAUUAUUUAGUGCGGUUGUGUGGUGAUGUUAGAUUUUCAGUUGGGCCGGUGGAGAUGAAGCUUAGAGACUAUUUUGGGUACUCGGAUCAGGUUAGAGAGGAAAGGCCUUUGUAUUUGUUUGAUCCUAAGUUUGCUGAGAAAGUUCCGAAAUUGGGGGAUGAAUAUGAAGUUCCUGUGUACUUUAGGGAGGAUUUGUUUGGUGUUUUGGGCAAUGAGAGGCCUGAUUAUAGGUGGAUUAUUAUUGGACCAGCUGGAUCUGGAUCUUCUUUCCAUGUUGAUCCGAAUUCGACCUCGGCGUGGAAUGCAGUGAUCAAGGGGUCCAAGAAAUGGGUAUUGUUUCCUCCUGAUGUGAUUCCGCCCGGUGUUCAUCCUAGCCCUGAUGGGGCGGAGGUGGCUUCUCCUGUUUCAAUAAUUGAAUGGUUCAUGAACUUCUAUGGUGCAACAAAGGACUGGAAAAAGAAACCAAUUGAGUGCAUAUGUAAAGCUGGAGAGGUUAUCUUUGUGCCUAGUGGAUGGUGGCAUUUGGUGAUCAACCUGGAGGAAUCUAUAGCCAUAACCCAAAACUAUGUUAGUAGUUGGUCAUGCUUUCCACUUAGUUGUUCAUGCUUUCCGCCCGGUGUUCAUCCUAGCCCUGAUGGGGCGGAGGUGGCUUCUCCUGUUUCAAUAAUUGAAUGGUUCAUGAACUUCUAUGGUGCAACAAAGGACUGGAAAAAGAAACCAAUUGAGUGCAUAUGUAAAGCUGGAGAGGUUAUCUUUGUGCCUAGUGGAUGGUGGCAUUUGGUGAUCAACCUGGAGGAAUCUAUAGCCAUAACCCAAAACUAUGUUAGUAGUUAUGAAGGGUCAGUAAAUGGUUAUUGCCUGGUUUGUAUUAUAUUUGGAUAUGAGGGUCAGUGAAGAAUUGUCAUAAGUAUAUGCCUAGGCAGAGUAUGGCACCCUGAUUAGAUGCUGGAUUAAGUCACCUAUGAUACUGGCUGGAACUCACCCUAGUCAAAGAGCUCCUUCAGGGAAUUACCAAUUACCUACAUAUUUCUAAAGGAAAGUUCAUUUUUCUUCUUUGUGUGGCUAAUGCCUAAAAUAGAUUGAUUUCGUAUUUAAACUAUUAUAACAUCUUAUUUGUCCAUGUGUCUUCUAAUAUAAUCAUUAACAAAACAGAUGAGCAAAAUGUAUAUUUCUCGACAAUAACAAUAGCAUGCUUCGUUUUGUCUUAAUAAUCUGAAUACUUAUUGAAACUCUUGACAGGAACUCGAUAUAUUAAUACUAAACUACUAAUAAUUUAGUGAUAUUUCAAAUUUAUAUUUGGCUUUAUAUUUUGCAUGCGAGAGUGAUGGUCUAAUAUCAAAAGUUGGUGGUCAUUUG